AGAUCUUCCUGCUAAGUUACCAGUUAAUAGAGUAUUAUCCACAAUGCCGUCCUCUUAUGAACGAAUAUCAUGAACACACAAGAACAAAGUACCUUGUUCAUCCAUCCUAGGACGUUGUUUAUUCUCUGCAAAAGCGGACCGCCCCAUGAGUCGCCUAUGAUACGGAGAAUGGUGUAAAAUAAUGUCAGUGGCCUUGGUAAAAUUAUUAGUUUUUUCCCGAAAACAAUGUUGACACUCGGGUAAAGCUGCAUUUUCAAUCUUCGUUUUCCACACAGCAACCUCAGUUUCUGAUCAUGGCGGCCAUCAAGACUCUCAGAUGUGCCAGCUGUGAUGCUGAGGUGCUCAUCGACCUUCAUACAUGCAUGAUUUGUUAUGAUGUGCCCAAGUAUGAAGAUGGUGAGCGUCCCGACGUCUACUGCAACACCCUAUGUCAACAAAACCACUCGGAGGCCCAUAAGGCUCAAUGUCAGCGAAGAAUGAAUCGACAGAAGCUGCUCAGAGCCGCUUCCUUGAUGAAAGCUACCUUCCUGACUUUCCGCGAGUGCUUAUACGGAAGACCCUUGGUACAGAUCAAGCUCCACAACAACGAACUUCAUCUGCACAUCUACCCAACACCUCCGUUCAAUCCAUGGUAUUAUUCAUUCCCCGAGGGUGUCACAGCCGAUGUCAAGCACAAGGAGGCAGCGAUCUCGAUCGAGAACUGCAACGCUGCCGCAAGCAUCUGUGGCCUUCUGGCAAGCCGACUUUUGGAAGGUAUCGCGACGAAGAUGGAGUUGAUCUGCGUGGACGUGAAGCCGCGAAUUCUGGCGCGCUACAUGACUCCUUCAAGAAACCCCGACCGUCCUGCCGAGACCUACCCUCUCCAUACCGUGGUGGUCGUCGACAUCCAGGAGGAAAAAUGGAUCAUCGACAUGACGGGACGCCAGUUCGGUUUCCCAGACGUCAUCAGCCCCUUAAAGAAGUACAUGAAGGACUGGCAGGGAAAACGCGUCAAAACCGACAAGCUAUGCCCCUACCCCGUGGGCGAGUUAGACGAUAUCGAUCACAGCAACUUCUUCCCGUUCAUUCCGCCCGUCGACCGUUCUGCCGACUUUCUGGCACAUCGUGCCCACGAGCAAACUGGCCGCCUCCACCUCAAGGCACUUAUCGAGAAGCGCUUUGUCGACGAGAAACAUCCGAGUUUCCCGGCUGAUCUCCUGAACCGCACCGAAGAAGCUUUUCAAGCAGGAUUGGGCGAAUGGGUGGCGGAGGUGAAGGAGCACAUGAUGGACUUCGUCAAACGUAUGACCGGAAAGUAUAAUCCAACUGAUUAAGUGCGAAGACGGGCCGGUUUGAAGGACAUUACCAAGUGUGGAAAUCGGGUUGGGACUUUUCUAUGGCUUUUAGUGUUUGCUCUUUCACUUAAGUAACACCUGAAUGAUCCAAUAAAACGCAGUAACGAAAACAGUUUGCUGAUGUU